AUGCGAGCAAAGGUUCUUCCGAUUUUUGGAAUCGCGGUUUCUGUUUUGGGAUCACCUUUCAGACCUUGCGUCUACCUCCUAGACAGCCCCGUUCAGAGUCGGCCGAGAUGUUCGCGGCUCUCCUCCCCGCCGGCCAUAUCUUCAGGGGCCCUACGGGGUGGCAUGGAUGGGCAGAUCGAACCUGGACUCAAACAAUCGCGCGAUAGUCGUCAAAAAAUGUUUCCAGGGUGA